AUGGCUGAAUAUUCCGACCCGAAGAGAAGGGGUUAUUUCACUACUAUCAAAAAGUGUACAGUAGCAAUGGGAUCUUUAGUCUGCCACUCUUUGUACCUCACUUGGACCUGGCGGCACAUUGGCCUACUGGCGUGUGUCCCCUUUAUUCUAUCGACUAUCGAUAUAUUGCUUUGGCCAGAAAGUCCAGCCUAUUUGGCCAUGCAGGGACGAUACAAUGAAUGUAGAAAGUCCCACAAAUGGCUAUUCGGAGAUUCAAGUAAGGCCAAUAAAGACUUGAAUGACUUAAUUUCAGCGCAAAUACGAAGAAGGGCUAAGAAGAAAAAGACGGCAGUGGAAAUCGUUAUCAGGUUUCUUGAGCACAAGGGGAUAGCUACGUUUGCUACUGGUAUAGUUUUUACUUCUCUUUACGCUGUAACAAUUAAAUAUGUACCAAUUAUGAUGGAAAAAUUAGGCAUAGAAGGAAUGUUUGCAAUCUUUGCUUCGUGUUUACUUGUAUCGUUUAUAUUUCUACACUUUAUAUUGAUGGAGACUAAAGACAAGACACUGCAAGAAAUUGAAGAUAAAAUUAAAGGAAUUCCAAAUAGGGAAAUACUUUUAGGCCAGAAAAUAAAUGAAGAAAUAUAG